AUGCAUCCCUCACCAUACAUCGUCGGCGAGUCCUCGCCUUUUCUUAAGCGCGUUCUAGUGCCCUUGUGGUGUAUUCGUAUUCUAGUCAUGCUCGCCAACAUUGCCAGUUUGGCCCUUGUGCUCGUGGUUAUCAUUCCGCAGAUGGAGAGACAGCAACAACCAGUAGACAAACAACUGAUUGAGCAAGGUUUUGCGGUUGACUACCAGGCUCUAAUGAUUAACACUAUCGUCGUUCUUAUUCUCAUUUUCCCCUGCAUUGUCUUUGACAUUAUUUGCAUCAUCAAGCGUUCGCGUCGCAAUCUCAGCCCGGUCUUUUUCCUCGUUGCCAACGUCAUUCAGUUCACAAUCUGGACUAUAUUAUUCGCCUUAUCGAUGCGGGGAGGCGGAUCCUCAAGCAGCAUUGCACUUGGAAUCGUUAUUUAUCUCUCAUUUGCAGCCAUGCUCGGCUAUGCCUCCUAUAUUUACCACAAAUUUCGCAAAGGCACUCUUAUAAGCCAGUUUCCCGCUAGCGCUACAGACCAACUUGUAUUACAAGAUACAUCAAAUGCAGGACACCCAUAUAACUGCAUCGACCAACACCAGCAGCCAUUAACAUCGUUUUCCACGAGCUACAGUCACGAUAAGCAUGAAAUGAGCGCUUAUGAGCAACCACUGACCGAACUCGACGGUCAUCACCGCACUAAGCCAUAUGCAGGAAGAAGCGAGCUCUUCGCUGCGCACACUCCUGCGACAGAGAUAUAUGAGAUGUAUACGCCAGAUGCAAAAUGUGUAUAA